UCAGUGACUCGACCCGAGGACGAGUGGGCGGACCGGGAGACGAAAGUUCAUAGAAAACAAUAGCAGCCGCUCCGCUUACCGCCGCAGAACUGUUCGUGUUCUUCUCGGUGAUAAUGUUCUGAACACGGCUCACUUGACUGCGAACAGACGCACCGGGGAAAUGCGGCGGAGGCUCGCCCCGCCAGAGGAAUAACGUAAGCAGGAAAAGCGGCGAGAAAAGGUGAGGUGAAGGCUUUUUUUUCUCUCCUCUCCUUUUCUUUUUUGGGAAGAGGAGAAUUUGGGAGAAACAAGUGAGCAGACUCAAGCCACAGGUUGUCGUGGAAGAAGAUAUAUAUUUAUAUAUAUAUAUAAAGUAACAGGCGGCGGGUCAUGCGGAUUUCUCCGGUCGCCGUUCGGAGCGCCGCGCCGCAGCACUAAACCCCGGGAGGAGGACGAGAGGAGACCGCAGGACGCAGAAGAACCAGAGCGCGUCGGAGAGAAGAGCCACCAUGUCCCGGAGAAAGCAGAGCAAACCCCGGCAGAUAAAACGUUCCCUCGGGGAUCUCGUCGGCGAGGAGGAGAACACACCGGACAACCUCAGCCUAUCGGGCGAGGAGGGCGGAGCCUCGGACCCAGACGACUCGGCGGAGGGGGACGCCUCGAGCACGCCGGCGUACACAUCGCUGUACAACGACGGGCCCAGGACAAACGACUCAGCGGGAGGCCCCGGUGAUGAAGACGAGGAGGGGGAGGAGCCACGUCCGACACACAGCGACAGGGAGGAGGAAGAGGACGGUGAGGAAGAGGAGGGGGCGUCGCCGUGGAGGGGUCCAGAUGACCUGGAGUACAGCGAAGGGGGCGGGGACAGCAGCAGCAGCCGGGUGGUGGUUGGCCGGGACCUCCGCCCAGACACAACGUGGGGCCCCUACCCGGGCAUCCUCCAAUCAGAGGGCAGCACGGACGAUCGGGAGACAGAGAACUCCAGGUGGACUCUGGUGUGUGAAGACCCAGACUGUUGGAUUGGUCUGCUCCCUCUGACCUCUGACGUCUCCGCGGCCAACUGUUCCAUCUACAGCCGAGGUGACGAGUUGUUCUGUAAGGUGACCAGAGAGCUCACGGCAGGCCAAAGGCUCCUGGCUUCCCUGGCUCCUCCUCCUUCAGGCUCCGCCUCCUCUUCCUCCUCCUCCUCUUCCUCCUCCCCGCUGACCCCGCCCUCUCCGCCGCUCAGCCUCGUCACUCAGAAACCACCCGCGGCGAAGGAGGAGUCUGUGUACUCGCCGGCGCUGCUGUCAGAAAUCCAGCUCCUCCCACAGCAAGCUGGCAUGGCGGCCAUCUUGGCUACUGCUAUUGUCAAUAAGGACAUCUUCCCGUGCAAGGACUGCGGCAUCUGGUACCGCAGUGAGAGGAACCUGCAGGCCCACCUCAUGUACUACUGCGCCAGCCGGCAGAAGCAGCCGGCGGCCGCCUCGUCCCCGCCGCAGGACAAACCCAAGGAGUCCUACCCCAACGAACGCAUCUGCCCCUUCCCGCAGUGCAACAAGAGCUGCCCCAGCGCCAGCUCCCUGGAGAUCCACAUGCGCACGCACAGCGGCGAACGUCCGUUUGUCUGUCUCGUCUGUCUGUCGGCCUUCACCACCAAAGCCAACUGCGAGCGCCACCUCAAGGUCCACACGGACACGCUGAACGGAGUGUGUCACGGCUGUGGCUUCGUGUCGGCCACGAGGGACGUCCUCUACAGCCACCUGGUCGCCAGCCACAUGGUGUGCCAGCCGGGAUCCCGCAGCGAGGUCUACUCCCCGGGACCGGGCCUGCCCAAGCUGCCCCUGUCCACUGGUCUCAGUCCAGGAGACUCCGGCGUGGUGUUGAAGUGUCAAGUGUGUGGCUUCAACUCCGACUCCCCUGCCCAGCUUCAGCAGCAUGUGCAAACCCACCUCGAGGUUCGGGUCCCGGGUGAAAGGAGCCCCGCCCCCCGCCAGAGUACCCCGUCCUCGGGGGACCGCCCCCAGCUGUCUCCCCAGGAGAGGGAGUCCCUCGCCUGCGUCCCCACACCGGACUCUAGCCCUGGCGCAAACAGCGGCUCGGCCACGCCCCGGGACGACAGUCCUCGGGACGCCCCGCCCGCCGGCCUGAAGAUCAAAGAGGAGCCGUGUUCAGACUCCGAGACGGACGAGCGGCGGAUGGAGAUCGUGGAGGAUGGAGAGAAGGAGGAACUGGCUGGAGAGGAGGGGCGUCAAGAAGCACCAAUCAAGACAAAGGAGAAGCAAGUCACCACCUCCUCCUGCCCGCCGUCUCCGAGGAGCCCAGCCACCGCGACGGUGAAGGCGGAGCCAACGAGUCCCACCCCCGGUUCUAGCCCUGCGCAUGUCGGGUCAGUUCUUCCCGGAGGAACAAUGUUCUUGCCUCAGUACAUGUUUAAUCCUGAGGCGGCCAUUUUGCCUCAGGCCUCAGAAAUACUGGCUAAAAUGUCCGAGAUGGUCCACAGCCGACUGAAGCAGGGCCAGGCGGUUCCUCCGAACAACCCGGCGGCCUUCUUCCCCUCUGGAGCGACUGCACCUGCGGCCGGAGCCACGCCCCCCCACAAAGGAGCCACCUGCUUCGAGUGCGACAUCACGUUCAACAACAUCAACAACUUCUAUGCACACAAGAGGCUGUACUGCUCCAGUCGGCGCCACGGAGAAGGCGGGGCCUCGGCUCCGGGCCCCGGAUCCACGAGGGACGCGGACGCGGCGCCGUCCGGCGGGCCGCCGGGCCCGUCCACGUCUCCUCAAUGUGGGGCGGCGAGUCGAGCGGCUACUGCCUCUCCGACCGACUCUGACCCUCCUGCAGCCGAAGCCAAGAGGGUGGUGGAAAUAAAGACAGAACCCCCUCGAGAGGGAGGAUCAUCCUCUUCUGAAGGGGAAGGUGGAUGUGGGAGUGUGGGAGGAGGAGGAGGAGGAGGAGGAGGAGGAGGAGGAGGAGGAGGAGGAGGAGGAGCAAGUGAAGGCAGCCAGAGUCCUGCGAGUGGUUCUGCGGAGGACCAAGAAGACGAUCCCAAUAGAACCUUCUGCCAGGCCUGCAACAUCCGCUUCAGUCGCCAUGAGAACUACACGGUCCACAAACGCUUCUACUGCGCUUCACGCCACGACCCGACCAACCACCGCGGCGCCAAGGCGGCGGCCUUCCUUCCCCAGCCCAUCCGCAAACGCAAGAGGAAGAAGAUGUACGAGAUUCACAUGGCCAGAACCGAAGCCUUGGCCAAUGUGGCGGCCGCCGUCGCCGCGGCGGCCGCCACUACCGCCGCCGCCGCCGCCGCGCCGCGUCCCUCCGCUCUGGGCUUGCCGGUGAAGCGAGAGGUUUCUCCCGGCGGGGCGGGCGGCUCCAGCCCCGAAGGCGACGGCCCGAUUGACCUGAGCAAGAGGCCCCGUCUGAGAGAGGGGCCGCGGCACGGCGGCGCCGGCAUCCUCCCCGCCCUGCCGCUGACGGACUACCACAAGUGCACCGCCUGCAGCAUCAGCUUCAACAGCAUCGAGAACUACCUGGCCCAUAAGACCUACUACUGCCCCGCCACGACCCGGCUGCCCCACCGGCCCAACGCCUCCACCUCCCCCAAGAGGCCUCAGCAGGAGCGCCCGGAUCAGCCGCACCCCGCGGAGGCCAACGCUCCGCCCGCCGAGUGGCUCGGCCCGGCUCAGGGCGCGUCCAGCCCUCACCCGUCUGCCUUCGCGGCCUCCGGCGCCACGUCUCCUUCCCGGACGACCGCCACGCUCGCCGCCACCCCGGGGGCCGGAGCCAAAGGCGCGGGCCCCGGUUCCUCCCAGGUGGUCUGCCCGUACUGCCCCAACAGGCUCAUGACCUGUGACCUGAUGGAGCACUUCAAGGCGACCCACGGCCUCGUGGUGACCGUUCAGCCGCCGCGGCCGGGCGGGGCGGGCGGCCGCGGCCCCAGCCUUAGUCCCAGGGACGGAGCUGCUGCGGCCGCCUCCACCACCUCCACCGGCCAGCCCAGAUCGGUCUCCCGUGUUCACAGAGACGGCGUCAACGGGCAGGCGAGGGGCGGGACCACUUCUCCCGCCUCCCCGCUGGUGAACGGCAGCCCUUCAGCCGGCGGCGGGUCGCCAUUGGCCGGCUCUCCUCUGCCCGUGUCUCCCCCGAGGGCCCCUUCUCUGACUUUGCCGCCCAAGGCCCCGAGGGAGACGGCGGCGGCGGCCCACCUCCCGGACAAGGCUCUGCCGGCGACCGCCUCCCAGCCGGCCCCCAAAGCCGCGCUGACCUCCCCGGUCCUGAACGGCAAUUCCCGCUUCUGCCGGCUCUGCAACAUCAAGUUCAGCAGCCUCUCCACGUUCAUCGCUCACAAGAAGUACUACUGCUCCUCCCACAGCGCCGAGCACGUCAAGUGAACUCGUCCUCCUCGUUCCCUUCCCCUCUCCUUCUGGGGGGGGGCGGGGGAGGCUUCUCCGUCACUCGGUUCCAAGAAGCUCGAGUUGUUGCCCCUCCUCCGCCGGUCCGUGAAUGACGAUAAAUGACUGUUACUCAGCUGGCGGCGGUGUUACUCGCAGACAUUCACUGGUGUCCUCCUGCGAUGGGUCAAAGUUCGUGGCACGCCAAGAGCAGAGGCAGAUGUGCCCCCCCCCCCCCCCCCCAGCCACCAAUUCAACAUCUACCACUCCCAGGCCUCGCAUUAUGUCGUAUUACGGGACGUUAAAUACGACCUCGAAGUCGACAGCCCGUUUUUCCGUUAACGAUGAUUACGACGAUGACGACGAUGAUGAAUCUCCGGUCUUUCCCUGAGCUCUUAAUGUUCCAGACUUAAACAGAAGGAAUCGGGUUUUCUCCGCUGUGGAAGAGACUCGAUCAUCGUGAAUGUUUUUAAUAUCUGUGCAUAUUGUAUGAUGUCUGAAAAACAGAAUUCUAUAACGCUUUUGGUUUCAACACUGGCUCUUUUUUUUUUGCUGUCGCUCACGAUAGAAGCUAAAGCGAUUUAGCUGAAAAAACAAAUAUGUGGUAUCACAAUGUUACUAAUUACCGAAGGAUCAUAUUUCAAAUGGACAAUUGUGUUCUUUUCUUUCGUUACACACAUGUUUUUAUUUUUCUCUUUUAAAAAGCAAGGGAGUGGAGAAAAAGAAAGUGAAAUAUUUAUCUUUGAGUCCUCACUGAUUUCAUGUCAACAGAAAACUACCUAGUGUCUGAGAGUACUUGUAUUUUUUAUUUGUAUAUUUUUCAUACUGUUGGAAGGACCUGUCUGGAUGUGGGUGUGUUGAAGUGUAUUUCCUAAGUGUAGAUAUGUAAUAUCUCCUCCAGUCAUCACCUCGUUCUCGCGUUAGCAUUCGGUGUCUUUCAUUGAUGGCGAGGUGGAGAAACCAGCGCUGGUUAUUUUGAGCCCCUCUUGAUGAGAUCAGAACGGCUUCCUCACAGGAGAAGGUUGAGUGCUCCUCAUACUUUUGUGUUCAUACUUGAUGAUAAUUCAUAAUUCACUGAUUUUAGGGGAAACAAAAUCCACAUUUUGAAUAGAAGAAUGUCACCUUUAGUUACCAGCCUCCAGCUUUUGAUGGACUGCCAUUUCAUUCAUGCUACUUAGCGAUACACACAACAUAGAACAUGCUCUGUUGUGUCACACACAUCUUAAGAGAUGUCAUGCUUCUUUUUAAAUGAUUGUGUUUUUGUCCGGGGGAAUAUGAAGGCAGAGCAGGGGAUAGGCGCAUCUUAUUACAACACGCACAUAUUCAAUAACCAUGGUGUGUGUGUCUGUGUGUGUGUGUGUGUGUGUGUGUCUGUGAGUGUGUGUGUGUGUGUGUGUGUGAGAGUGUGUGUGUGUGAGAGAGAGACUGUCCUGGUCCUCACACUUUAUUGCUCUUUCACACAUGUACACACACACACACAGACACGCACAUACAGACUCACAGACACACACAUACAGACUCACAGACACACACAGACUCACAGACACACACAGACACACAGACACACACAUACAGACUCACAGACUCACAGACACACACAGACACACACAUACAGACUCACAGACACACACAUACAGACUCACAGACACGCACAUACAGACUCACAGACACGCACAUACAGACACACAGACACGCACAUACAGACUCACAGACACACACAGACACGCACAUACAGACUCACAGACACACACAGACACACACAUACAGACACAGAGACACACACAUACAGACUCACAGACACGCACAUACAGACUCACAGACACACACAGACACACACAUACAGACACACACAUACAGACUCACAGACACACACAUACAGACACACACAUACAGACUCACAGACACACACACACAGACUCACAGACACACACACACACACACACACACUUGCCAUGCAGCUGCAGUACGGUGUAAGUUAGAACUGUGAACGGCUUUUCAUCUCACAAAUAUUGAACUUCUAAGGGUCAUCUAAGUGUUUUUUCUUUUUUGAGGGCCAGACAGACAAUAUUGCAUCCAGAUGCUGAGGUUGUUACACAUUUUUCCCCCCAUUUGACUCUUAAAGUACACCAGACCAGACAACAGUUGGACUUCUACGGUCAAUUUCAGAAAAUAAUAUUAGCAGAUAUCAUUUUUCUUGUCUGCUCAAACACGGAAAUAUUUAACAUUUUUGAUGAAAUAUUAACGUCAGUCAAACUGUAAACCUAAACAACUCAGACUGUGUAGCUCCUCAGUAGAAAACAUUCACCGAAUCAACUUUGAGAGAAAUAUUGUUUGUUUACUUGUUUUGAUCAUGAGAGACAACAAGCUGUAAACUCCACACGGACAUACCACAGCACAACUACGGUGAAUUCAUAAUUAUUGAUGGUCACCCCCAUCUCUCCAUUCCCCAAACUGUAAACCUGCUGAGUGUUUACAAGUGUGCUGGUCAGACUCUCUGGGUCCAGAUGGAAAGAGAAAAGCAGAAAGUCACAGAUUCAGGUCAAAAAGUCACAAAUUGAGGAACUGAGUGCUGGGGGGGAAAAAAAUCAUCUUUUGAACUUGCCCCCUUUUUAAGUGCACUGUGUUGUAUAAAGAUGUGCUGAAUGUUUUAGGUUUAGGGACUUUAAAAAAAAAAAUAUUUAUGUUAUUCAGAACCCCCCCCCCCCCCCCGUCCAAAGUGCGUCACCUUGAAGGACUUUCUGAAAGAGUUUAACCUUCGCCUAAAACCUUCUCUUUUUGUUCCUCGUUGUAAACAUGUUUUUUGUUAAUGGUUCCUCUGAUGUCCAUAAAUGAAGAAAAUCCCAAUGAAUGUCAACAUUUUUAUUUCCAUAUUUUCAUUUCAGUACCAUUACAUUCUUGUCCAAACUAUGCAUGGGAAAUAAAAAUUAAAAAAAGUUCUGAGAGACA